AUGAACCUGUCAACACGGAGGCAAAGCGUGUUUUCGCGUGAGAGCCUUCGCCGUUUCACAACCUUCGCAAAAGUUAGGGAAUAUCGCCCGGAGGAAGCUUUUCCAGAUCUCCCAGAUGCCGCAGAAAAUGAAGUAGAUGAUGGGAACAAAUGUGGUCAAGAGGGAAAGUCAAUGAUGACUCCCCGCUUGUCAGCAAGUUUAACGAAAGCAGGAUAUGGAUUAGUUGGAAAUCACAGCGCAGUGAAAGUCUGCCGAUGGACAAAGAAACAGCUACAAGGUCGAGGUGGAUGUUAUAAACACACUUUCUAUGGAAUUGAAUCUCAUCGCUGCAUGGAAACAACGACAUUUCUUGCCUGUGCUAAUCGGUGCGUGUUCUGUUGGCGACAUCAUACGCAUCCCGUAGCAAAGGAUUUUACCCGAUGGAAACCCGAUCCGCCAGAUAUGUUGAUUGAGAAGGCUAUUGAAACGCACCGAUUGAUGAUAAAACCAUUGAAGGGCCUUGUAGGGGCAACAAAAGAGCGCUAUGAAGAAGCAAUGAAUCCGCGACAUUGUGCCCUUUCCUUGGUUGGGGAGCCCAUCGUUUAUCCCUACAUCAAUGAAUUUGUUCAGAUGUUGCACGAUAGAAGCAUCAGCUCGUUCAUCGUCACAAAUGGCCAACACCCUGAGUCUAUCGAUGGUCUCGUCACUCCGGUGACACAGCUUUACAUUUCUGUCGAUGCUCCAGAUCCAGUAACACUCAAACUCAUCGGACGGCCUCUGUUCAAAGACUACUGGGAUCGACUGAGACAGUCACUGAUGAAUCUCAGUCAACGCACGGAACGCACUGUCGCGCGAUUGACGGUCGUCAAAAGAUGGAAUGAUAAGGACGUCGAGGGUUAUGCUGAACUCGUUCGUUUAGGGAAUCCAGAUUUCGUUGAAAUCAAGGCCUUCACAUAUCCCGGACCGACUCCAAGCAUCAAGGAGGCAAACCUUACCAUCAAUAACUGUCCUACUGGUCAAGACAUACUAACAUUUGGUCAGAAGCUGAUCGAUGCAUUAAAAGGCAAUUCAGGUUCAGGGAAUGAUCAAAAGCAGUGGGAGAUUGCAAGCCUCCACUUGCAUUCCAAUAGCGUUCUUCUAGCCUCUAAUGAAUUUCAACUGACGCCUGAUGAGCCAAGCGAUGAUGGGACUCGAUGGAAAACGUGGAUCAACUACGAUACAUUUCAUGCACUAAUAAGAGACAACGCGCCCGAAUUGGGACAUAGGGAUCCCAUGGGGCUGUUCUCAUCUCGCUUAGCAUCUCUCUAUAGACGACACUCCCCAAGUUGGGCGUCUGUCGACUCUCCCUUGGGCGGUUUUGACCCCCAAUUCGAUACGAAGGGCUGGAUUGCGCAACUAGCGAAUCGUCGAGUGCACGAACAACACGACGAACAUCUCGACGAGCAAUAA